GCAGAAACCCCAAAAAGACUGCUACUUGUACUCGGACUGGGAGACUCACCAGCCCCCACCAUCCGUCCUUUGCAUAAUCAAUCAACACUCCUACCUUCCUUCAUAUAUAUAAUUAAGAGAGAGAAACAGGAAACAGCGAAAGAUGGAGUAGUCGAUUUUGUUUUGUUGUGUGAUGCUAGGCUGCAGAGGAAAGUGCAUUUGUUUGCUGGAUUCAUUGAAUAUCCCAGUUUGUGGACCUGCUAAGGGGUAGGCCCAGAAGAAUCCAAUCAAUCAGUUUGUCGAGAACGAGAUCGAAAUGAGCGUUAAGGAGAAAGGUGGCGGUGGCCCCGGUGAGCGGAAGAUGUUUGUUGGGGUGGUUUGGAACUGUGCGCCGGAGCUGAAGCUUCUCCUAACCGCUCUCCUCCUUCUCUUCUCUAUUGUCACGGUUCUACAGUUUAUCCCUUGGCGUUUCACCAUUUCUGCACCCACGAAUCUUGGGAGCUGUUUACCUGCUGGGCCGUCCCCAAUUGCCACCCCGAUCGAGCCCUCUUCUGCUUCUCCGGUGGAGCUUGAGAACGGCGUCGUUAAACGGGGGUUUAGUGGAUUUGGCUCCGCCGCUUACAACUUCGUUAUCAUGUCAGCUUACCGAGGCGGUUACAACACCUUCGCCGUGAUGGGACUGGCUUCAAAACCGCUGCACGUUUUCGGGAAGCCCAGUUACGUUUGCGAGUGGGUCCCGGCGGAUGUUUCGCGGGAUUCAGUUUCCGUCGCCGGCGACAAAAUCCUCCCGGAUUGGGGGUACGGCCGGGUGUACACGGUGGUGGUCGUCAAUUGCACGUUCCCGGUUCCCGUCGGCGAUGCUGACACCGGGGGCAAGCUCUUAAUCCACGCCGCCACCAACGGCGCCGGCGACACCCACUUCAACGUUACCGACACGUUCACUGCCAUGACCGAGACGCCGCAGGAUUUCGCCACUUUCACCUCUGUGUUCUCGUCUAAGCCCACCUACGACUACCUCUACUGCGGUUCAUCUCUGUACGGCAAUUUGAGCCCUCAGAGGGUACGAGAAUGGGUGGCGUAUCACGUCCGAUUGAUGGGCAAAAAGUCCCAUUUCGUGAUUUACGACGCCGGCGGCGUACAUCCUGCCGUGAUGGAGGUUCUCCGGCCGUGGAUGGAGAAGGGAUACGUGACAUUACAGGACGUGAAGGAGCAAGAGAGGUUCGAUGGCUAUUACCACAACCAAUUCUUGAUUUUGAACGACUGUUUGCAUAGGUACAGAUUCCAGACGAAAUGGAUGUUCUUCUUUGAUGUGGAUGAGUUCAUCUUCGUCCCCAAGAAGAAGACUCUCAAGUCAGUGCUCGAUUCCCUCUCUGCCUACACCCAAUUCACCAUUGAACAAAUGCCCAUGUCUAACAAGCUCUGUCUCCGUGAAGAUUCCGGCAAAACACUCAGGAAAUGGGGGUUUGAGAAGCUGGUGUACAAAGAUGUGAAAAGAGGGAUUCGGAGGGACAGGAAGUACGCGGUGCAGCCCCGCAACGUGGUGGCGACGGGGGUGCACAUGUCGCAGAACACGGUGGGGAAAACGACGCACAAGACGGAGGGGCGCAUCAUGUAUUUCCAUUACCACGGCACCAUCGCCGAACGCCGCGAGCCCUGCCGCCACCUAGUCAAUGCCACGGCCCUCACCGUCGACAACGUCCCCUACGUGAUGGACACCACAAUGCGAGGAAUCGCCGGCAGUGUCAAGAGAUUCGAACUCAAGACCAUUGGUUCUGUGUUACAAAACACACGCCAAUAACCCCAUAUAAAACAAUGCUUUUUGCACAGGCUAAGCCAUUGUCUCAUUUAACGGGUGCAACUAGCAUCAUAUCAUAUCGGUCUUAAUUAUAUAUAUACAUUUGUACCUAUCCCCCUUUUCCCCCAUGAUUUUCAGUUUUCCACUACAUUUGUAUCUAUCCCCCCCUUUCCCCAUGAUUUUCAGUUUUCCACCAUGAGAAUAUAUAUAUAUGUGCAAUUGUUCAUGAACGUAUGAAAAUUCUUGUAUCUUGUUAUAAUGCAAACAGCGGAUCGGAUGACACAUAUUUCGGCACUUGGUACAUAGUAAUUAUAACGAGUAGAGUAGUUGUAUUGUUGUGUUUGAGUAAGAUUGAACAUGUUGUCUCCCUUACUAUCAAAGGGAUUUCGCUUUUAUACUACAAAACAUAAUAGUUACAUAAUAAGUACAAAGAUCUCUUUGUAA